AGGCACCUCUAGAUAUGCUCUUCUGUUUCAAUAUCAAAGCACCCCCCCCAAAAAAAAACCUCUAGUACUGAUGUUUCAUCUUUUCUACAGCAUCUCUGUCAGUCUAAUUAAUUAUCAUGUAAGGAGUGCAAUUACUCGUUGUGUAGGUCCACUUCUGCUGUUUUGUAUUUACACCAUUUUAACAAGUUAACAUUCAGGGUGAGUUCUGGCUCAAUCUGGGACAUGAUUCAAUUCUGGUGCCUUGUCAAAAUGUAAAGGUCCCAGGUAAGUGCCCCAAAUAUAACUUUGAUGUGGAAACAUACUUAGAUCAUAAUGGAGAUACAAAAAAUCCUCAUUUUAUGAAAUAGAUACAGUUUGGAAGGCCUCACAUAUUAUAAAUAUCACAUAGUUAAGCCAUUUACCAUAUGGAUUAGUUGUUCUACCAGAGAAACAUAAGUACUAGGACACAUAUAUUUAUUAAGAGAUUUAUUACAAGGAAUUGCUUUAAACAAUCCUGGAGGCUUGCUAGGCAGAUCUGAAAUCUGUAGGGCAGGCCAACAUGCUGGAAACUCCUGGGAAGGAUUAACGCUGCAGUCCUCAGGAAGAAUUUCUCUUCCUCAGGUGAAUCUCAGUUUUACCCCUAAGGGUUUCAACUGAUUGGAUAAGAUCUGUUCAGAUUAUAUGGGAUAAUAUCUUUUACUUAAAGUCAACUGAUUGUAGAUGUUAAUUACAUCUAUAAAUACCUUCACAGCAAUACCUAGAUAAGUAUUUGAAUCACUGGGUACUAUAGCUUCGCCAAGAUGACACAUAAAACUACCUUUCACACCCUAGGACCCACAAAGCCUGCAGAUAUUUCUGUUUACUAACUAAACUGCUACCCCCCAUGGCAGUAAUGCAAGUUCAUAAUCCAGUUAGCUUGCCAGAUUUGAAAAUGUGCAAUUCUUGAUUACAUUUUAAAAAUUUUGAGGAUUCUGAAUAUUUCACACUCUACAUAAAAUAUAAUAUUAAUAAAGUAGGCUCCGCACCUAGUGCAGACUUCAUUGUGGUGCUUCAACUCCCCACACUGAGAGCAAGACCUAUAUCUGAUAUCAAGAGUUGGAGGCUUAACUAACUGAGCCACCAAGGCACCCCACACUACAAAAUUUUAUGAUUAAAACGCAUAGUACAAGUAAUUAUUUUGUCUUACAAUGUUGAAAGGUGAAAAGCUAUGCCUUUAAUGUAAUCAGGUGGAAGUUCUUACAGUUUUAGGGUCAUGUAAGGAGACUAUCUCAGGUGUCUAUGUCCCUUUCAAUCUCUCUUCAACCGUCCUCUUUCAAUAUCCUAGUCCAGUUCCCAUCCCCCUUCCUCGAGGCUUUAUACUCUUCCAUAUAGGAGGAGACAUUUCCUUUCUUCCACUUUUUGAAUCUUGCAUACCUCAGUAUCCUAGGCUUGACCAGAUUUUGGCGACUACAGAGGGAGAGGGAGAGUCUAGUCCAGGGGCAAUGGGUGCUCAUCAAGUCAGGUUCAGUUUUCCCCAAAUAAGCAUAAUGACUUGAUUUCCUCACCAGUUCCCUAAGAAGUAUGUACACCACUCCCAAAUUAGCAUUGAUUUUACUCAGUGACAACACAUUCUCUCUCAAGUGUGAUCCCCCCACCCCCAGCAUUAUUUCGUUAAGGAGCUUUUAACUCCUUUCUGAAUCCAGCUUACAAGCAUCAUGACAUUAGCUGGCACUAUGUUAGCAAGGAUAAACUACGCCAACGCCAUAUCUCUUUCAUAAAAAAAUUGGGGGGUGGGGGGUAGGAGUGCAUGAAUAGGUCUCAGUUCCUGCUACAAUAGACCUUUGGUAAAUAUUUGUUGAAGUAAAUAUAAUGACUUUCUUCUAUGUGAUAGGGACUCGAGGAUGGUCUUUAAAUGGUGAUUAAAUGUCCAUCCUAUGGCAAUAAAAGAUUUAAUUCCUCCAAAUUAACUUACAUAUUUCAAAAUAGAAAUGUCAUACUUCCUCAUGGAAAUAAUCUUGGAUGAAAGAAACGCGCAAUCGCCACUCAAACUUAGGUCAUUAUGGUUCAUAAUACGACAUCAUGAUGGCACCUAUUUCAGUGCUCUGUGCAUCAAUCCAUACAGACAGAAUACUGCUGUCUGGAAUGGUACCAAUUUUGUCAUUUUAAUUUUUUUUAACAUUUUUAAAUUUAUUUUUGAGAUACAGAGCACAAGUGGGGGAGGGGCAGCAGUGAGGGAGACACAGAAUCCCAAGCAGGCUCCAGGCUCUGAACUGUCAGCACUGAGCCUGACCUGGGGCUUGAACCCAUGAACCAUGUGAUCAUGAUCUGAGCGGAAGUCAUAUGCUUAACAAUUUAAUCAUUUUAAAAAAGGGAGUGAAGAGGGACAACUGAGUGACAGUCUGUAGAGCACGGGACUCUUGAUCUCAGGGUUGUAAGUUCAAAUCCCAUUUGGUGUAGAGAUCAGUUUAAAAAAGCAAACUGCUUAAAAAUUGAAUGAAAUUAAAAAGAAGUGAAGAGAGCAUCAGCCUUCCAAAGUGAAAACUUGUUUCUUCUAAAUGCGGCCAUGGGCCCCACCCUAUAUGCAGAACGGCUCAGUGCACGCCCAGGUUUAGGUGAGGGCAGCGAACCACAUUUCCCAGCGGCCCUGCAGGUCUCUCGCGCCUGCGCACUGGCAGCGUAGGCAGGUCGGCAGUACUCCCGCGCUAGCCAGCCACUGGGUCUCGUCUCGACCGGCCUCUAGCCCCGGCAUGGAGAGGGUUUCGUUGGCGACGGGCAGCGCGGGAGCCGCCAGGGCUGAGGGAGCUGCGGCCAUGCCGCCCCCGCCAGCCGUGUCCCCGCCUGCCCUCACCCCGGCACCCUUAGCGGGGGAGGAGGGCCCGCCGCCUUUGCCCGAGGCGGGGGCGCCCGGCUGCUCGGGCGCCCGGCCCCCAGAGUUGGAGCCGGAGCGCAGCCUGGGCCGCAUGAGGGGCCGCUUCGAGGACGAGGACGACGAGUUGGAAGAGGAUGAGGAGCUGGAGGAAGAAGAAGAGGAGGAGGAGGAAGAGAUGAGCCACUUCUCGCUGAGGCUGGAGGGAGGCCGGCCGGACUCCGAGGACGAGGAGGAGCGCCUGAUUAAUCUCUCAGAACUGACCCCGUACAUCUUGUGUUCCAUUUGCAAAGGUUACUUAAUAGAUGCAACUACCAUUACAGAAUGUCUUCAUACAUUUUGUAAAAGCUGCAUUGUAAGACAUUUUUAUUAUAGCAACAGAUGUCCAAAAUGCAACAUAGUAGUACAUCAGACACAACCUCUUUAUAACAUAAGGUUGGACCGACAGUUACAAGACAUAGUGUACAAAUUAGUGAUCAAUCUAGAGGAAAGAGAAAAAAAGCAAAUGCAUGAUUUCUAUAAAGAAAGAGGUCUAGAAGUACCUAAACCUGCUGUUCCACAGCCAGUCCCUUCGAGCAAAGGAAGAUCUAAGAAAGUCUUAGAAUCAGUGUUUCGUAUCCCACCUGAACUUGAUAUGUCUUUACUACUAGAGUUCAUUGGUGCUAAUGAAGGCACGGGACAUUUUAAGCCCUUGGAAAAGAAGUUUGUCCGAGUUUCUGGAGAAGCAACUAUUGGGCAUGUAGAAAAAUUCCUCAGAAGAAAAAUGGGUCUUGAUCCAGCUUGUCAGGUAGAUAUCAUCUGUGGCGAUCACUUGUUGGAGCAGUAUCAGACUCUAAGGGAGAUCCGACGUGCGAUUGGUGAUGCAGCAAUGCAGGAUGGUCUGCUGGUCCUCCAUUAUGGUCUUGUGGUUUCUCCUCUGAAAAUUACUUGAAGAUUCUAGCAGCAUUAGGAGGAGGGAAACGAAAUAAUGAGGCUUCUGCAGGAUUGCAUUUCACCAAAGAUUUCCACACAACAUGUAAUAGCUACCAUUUUGUGCUGCUGGAGACAUAACUUAUCUAUUUUCAGCACGUAGAUUCAUAACAUUUAUAAGUACAACUUGGAAUGAUGGAAUGCAUCUGUUUUACUAGAAACUAUAUAUAAAAAGCAUCCAUAGCUCAGGGGGAAAUUUUCAGAGCAUUAAAUUUUUAAAUUCCUUGUGAUCUCAAAUACUUUGACAUUGAUUUUGCUUCCUAAUCUUUGAGGUAAAUCGGUUACUAUUUUCUUCUUUGUUGAGCCAUAUCCCUUUCCCGUUGGCGGUUAGGAUUCUGCUCUCUGGAAUGGUAUCCGUUGGGCAGUCAUACUUUUGGAAAAGAAGGAUGCUUUUGAACUGAAGAUUCAAAGCCAGGCUUUGUUAAACUACAGAGUGUACCUCUUGGACAAAGACCAAAACUACUGGCCACUUUUGUAUGUUGCCAUCAUAUUUGGAACACGUGUCUUUCUUUUACCAGCAAUACUACUACAGAGAUGAUAUAUACUUCUAAAAGGGAUGAAUUAUCAUUCUGUGUGAAGAGACUGUCUCCUGCAGGGUUUAUGGCCUGUACUGUAAGCCUUCAGUGUAAUAAAGACUCCUUUAACAUAUCUUAACAAGGGAUGCCUCUUUGAAACAUUAUCUUUAUUAUUUGAAUGUUAGUUUGAUUAGCAUUCACUUUGGGUAUGUAGUUUGGUUGUCAGUACCUUAUAACACCACUGCUUCUCAAAGUAAUAAAUAAACGAGUGAAUUUGCAAGUUUACAGAAUACUUACUCACUGUUCCUCAGUAAGUCAGUUUAUGUUCAUUGUCCCAUUACUUUGUCACUGGGAUAAAGAAUACGGGUGUUUAAGAGUUCGCUCACGUGCAAAGAUUUCAGUUUUAAAUGUUAUUUUGCCUAAAAUUAGCAUUGUGAUACUUUCUAAAACAAUAUUUUGUAAACCCUAUUUCACUGCAAAAUUUCCAAGUCUGCGUAUAGAAACAAAUGAAUGAGGUUUGGCGAUUGUUUUGUAAAGAAUUUGUGAAUUGUGUAUAAAUCUCUUCUAACAUUUAAUAAAAAUUUUUAAUAAAAAUUUAUUUUAACCUA